UGAUCACACGCGCCUGUCUGGCUCCCCUCUCGCCUCGUUUUCUUCAUUCCAGUCUGAUCGGAUGUCCGAACAAGUCCACUUCUAACGGGAACCGCAGCUUCUCCUACACGGUUUUUAAGAUUUAUUUUGUGUGUGUGUGUACUUUUGAUAACCAUGACUUAAACGACAGUAGUAAUUCUUAAUCGCAUAUGAUUUAUAUGCGUAUUGCUGGCCGCCUAGUAAUAUGAAAAUAUGAAGAAAUGGAUUUUAUGAAGCUACUCGGGACUAUUCUCUCGGUCUGCUGCUACCCAAGCACCGCAUCCAAACUCUUCAGUGCGGACGUUUAUGAGCCCAGAGGUCAGCGUAUCUGCCGACGGGGCACGGAGAGGCCCUGCUACAAGAUCGCGUACUUCCAGGACAUGCAGCGCAAGGCGAACUUCGAGGAGGCCGGCCGGGCGUGCCGCAGCGACGGCGGGGAGCUGCUGAGCAUCGAGACGGAGAGCGAGCAGCGGCUGAUCGAGACCUUCAUCCAGGAGCUGCGCGCCGCCGACGGGGACUUCUGGAUCGGCCUGAGCCGCAGCCAGGGCUACCAGGAGACCAGCAGCGACUGCCCCGCCCAGUACCACUGGCAGGACGGCAGCCGGGCCACCUUCAGGAACUGGCACUGGGAUGAGCCGUCCUGCGGGUACGAGGUGUGUGUGGUGAUGUACCACCAGCCCUCCGCCCCCCCGGGCCUGGGGGGACUCUACAUGUUCCAGUGGAACGACGACAACUGCGAUACCAAGAACAACUUCAUCUGCAAGUACACCCGAGAAAAACAGCCAGACUCCACAGCAGCGGGGAAUGUCACACACACAGAUUCUCCAACCAUGUCUCUCAGACCAAAAUACCCAGCAGUUACUGUUGACGAUGACAAGAUCAAAGUAGAAGUGUCUCACUCCAAAGACAGGGCUCUGAAUAUCGCCUACAUUGUCCUGCCCACCAUCCCUCUGCUGUUGCUGCUGCUGGUGGCGUCGGGGGUGUUCUGCUUCAAGCUCCUGGCCAGGAGGAGGAAGGAGGAGACGGAAACCUGCCCCAAGGAGCCGGGGUACUGGGUGCCCGCGGACCGCUGCAACAGCCCGAGCCCGGACGUCUACAACGUCAUCAGCAAGCAGCACGAGUCCGACCUGACCGGCACCCGCCCGGACAUCAAGAACACGUCGUUCCUGGGCUCCUCGCCCGACACGCCGCCCGGCGACUACGACAACCUGGCGGGCCGGGACACGGAGAGCGGCUUCGUGACGCUGGCCAGCACGGAGAGCGGCUUCGUGACCAACGAGCUGUACGACAGCUACCCGGGCCGGGGCCGCUACUACCGCGAGGCGGGGUGGGUGGACAACGAGAUCUACGGCUACUGAGGCCUUCUCCCCCGGUUUCCCUGCUUCCGCCCAGCCUCCUGCCUGUUCCCCCCCGGGCAACGGGCCCAAAGUGACCGGACUCGCAGGCUUGCCCAGCCAUUGGCUCCGCUCAGCGCCUCCAGCCCAGCCCGCCCGGAGCGCGUCACGGCCGAGGCCGCCUGGGCUGCUCUUGUGGAGGCUGGGGGCUGGGAUUUGGACAGGCCCCUCGGGAAGUGCGACACGAAACGCAUGAUAACCACUUUGAUAUUCCUCUGAACUCUGCUUUUUCUCACCUCCCCUCUUUCUCUCACCUCUCCCUUUCGUCAAAAAAAAAAAAAAAAAAAAACUCCACAAGCACACACGCACAUACAUAAAUGCACAUUCGUAAACUCUUGUAUAGCAGGAUGGCUGGACUAGAUUUCCUACUUUGAGCUGGCAAACAGCGCGCUGGUUUGCACAGGUAAAACACAGGCAGUUUGAAUAUGCUUUUCUAAAAAAAUUACAAAAAAAUAUAAUGUACAGGAGCGAACGCAGGCUGCCAGUGAAUGACGUGCAGUUCUUCAACAAUUAACAUCAUUUUGACAGAAAAGGUGGUAGCACGGCUUGUACUGAUUUUGCAUGACUCUGUAAUACUGCUUUUGCCUGUGCUUGGACAGGUAGGGUUAAGGGCAAGAUUGUGUCCACCUUCACUCAACCCCAGUCCCUCACCCCUAUAGCUAAAAUGUGCCUGCCCAGUUAUUCACUAGAAUCCCUCGUGCACUGAGCUAGACUGGAAUGCAUUUUGGUAUGAUGCAAGUAUUGUGUAUGAAACAUCAAUAAACCAGACCAAAAAAUGUUU